CAAUCCAUGCUUUGCUCGUAGGCUCAGCAGGAGAAAGUCGACCGGAUCGAAGAGAACGUCUGCACUGCCGUCGCGAACGUGGAAGAGGGGACCCGAAGCUUAUCCAAGGCUGCUACCUACAAACUGGCCGCACUUCCGGUGGCCGGCGCCAUCCUGGGGGGCAUCGUGGGGGGGCCGAUCGGGCUCCUGGCAGGCUUUAAGGUGGCCGGGCUGGCGGCCGCUUUGGGCGGCGGCGUGCUGGGCUUCACGGGCGGGAAACUCAUUCAGAGGAAGAAGCAGAAGAUGAUCAAGGAUCUGUCGUCCUCCAGCUGCCCGGACGUGCCUGAGCAGAGCGGCCAAGGGGGCAGCUGAGGACUUCCCCAGCCCGGCAUCACGGACUGCUCACCUGGACAGGUGGUCUCCUCCUCUUCCUCCUCCUCCCCUGCUGGAAAUGUUUCCUGUUGUUUGAGAAUGUGAAAGGGGACAAAAUUGACCCUGAGGGGGGAAAAAAUCAACCUUCUGACUCACGCCGGGGGAAGGCAAAGCGUGGUCACGCUCUGGCGCACCUCACCUGCACCGUGUGCAAGGUGGAAAAGUGCGCGCCGAAGGGAGGCCUCCACCUGGUUUGCCUUCCUCCUUCAGGGAGUGUUAUCAGUGUUCACCAAAUGCCUUUUUCCAGGUUUAAAAAAACGGAAAGGAAUGCCCAGAGGUAGCCUUUGGUUUUAAAGCCUCUGGAUACUUCCGUUUUCUUCUCACAAUGGUUACACACCUGUCGGUUUUAGCGGCUCUCUGGCUUCUCAGAAUCGGUUUGCAGUGGCAGAUUUGGGUUCGUGGCAGGACAGGCCUGCUGGGGUCAGGUAGAAGGGUCAGGUGGAAGAGGUGAUGAGAGGUCUCGCCUUGGGAGGGGAAAAGUGGGGGAGGGGGCUUGGUUUGCAAAUUUUAAUUCUUUUUUUUUCCAGACUGGAAAGUUGGCUUCUACCUCUCGUUUUCAAGUGCCACGGUCAGGAAAAGCCAGAACAGGCUAUUUGGGGGCAAUUCUCUGCUUGUGGCUUGUCAGGUGUCUGGAACGGUGUUUCCGUGGUAACUUUCAGAUGAGUGGACUUCAACUCCCAGAAUUCCCCGGUCAGCAAGGAAUUCUGGGAGUUGAAGUCCACUCAUCUGAAAGUUGUCCAGUUGAUUGGAGAAUGCUGGGA